AUGUCAAAGCAAUACGAUGCUAUCGGCAGUCGCUAUGCUGCCUUCCACGAACUCCCCUUCGGCCAGAUCCAACAUCCAAGUACAGAACGAGUCAUUGGGGAUGUCAAAGGCCUGGAAUGUCUCGAUCUCGCAUGUGGACUAGGCCUAUGGUCCAAAUACUUGGCUAGUCAAGGUGCCUCUCAGGUUGUUGGAGUUGACAUCUCGGACGGAAUGAUUCAAGGCGCCAAGAAAGCUGCUCUGGAGCUUCCUCAGGAGCAGAACUCCAAAUUAAAAUAUCUUGUCGCGGAUUGCAGCAAACCAGACUUUAAGCUGUCCGAAGGCCCAUUCGAUCUCGUUCUCGGAAGCUGGUUCCUGAAUUAUGCGCCGAGCUAUUCACACCUUGUCAAUAUGUUCCGCGCCAUCUCCAACAACCUCAAGCCUGGAGGCCGCUUCGUGGGCGUCACUACUAAUGCUCACUGCCCGAUGUUCGAAACCCUGGAUCUGCGCCAGUAUGGCUUUCAGGUCGAGUCUCUUGGCACUACUGAAGAUGGUUGGAAGUGUCGGCUGACUGCUUUUCUUGAGCCGGAACCGUUUUCUUUCGAGUUUCAUCACAUGCUGCAUGAUAAGUAUGAAGCGGCUGCAAAGGAGGCGGGUAUGGGAGAGAUCAAAUGGCAUGGAUAUGUUCUGCCGCAGGAUGCGAGAUUUGAGGAGGGCUUUUGGGAUAAGUAUCAGCUGAGGGGGCAUUUCAAUAUUUUGAGCUGCUCCAAGCCCAGCUAG